GUGCAGCUCGCGCGACCAGCCUCCUCUUCCAACGUCACAUUGUGCGAGAGACAAAACCCGGGCGCGCCUGAGCUCACACGCGCACGCACACACAGACGACCCCGUCGCCUCCUCUCUCCUGGCGCUGCCGAGGAAGCCAGCCCUCCCUCCCUUCCCUGGGGCGCGGAGGCUCAGCAAGCUCAGAGCUCAGCCCAGAGGCAACACGGAAGGCGAAGAAAGACGAUAGAGCAACCUCUUGUCUCCCCUGCCUGCCCGGGCUGAGGCGCCCCAUCCCCCGCCCUGAACCCCGAUCUCUUCCACCCCACCCCUCUGGGUUUCACGCGGACCGAGCCCGCAGCCGGGUGUGCCCCCAUUGGAAUCCACGUUUCAGCACUUCGGACAGCGCCCGGGAGCCCCGGCCCCCUUGGGUUGGCUAUGGCGAGCGUUCAGCAAGGCGAGAAGCAGCUUUUCGAGAAGUUCUGGCGAGGAACCUUUAAAGCUGUGGCCACCCCGCGUCCCGAGAGCAUCAUUGUCGCCAGUAUCACGGCCCGCAAGCCGCUGCCAAGGACAGAACCCCAAAGCAGCCCUCUGGUUCCAGCUCAGGAUGGACCCUCGGAGAAGCUGAGCCAGCAUCUGGCCACCGAGGCCUUGGGCACCAACAGCUGGGAGAGAGACAAGGCCUGCCGGGAGCUCAGUCCUGCCAGAGCACGCAGUGCCUCCCGAGACAAAGACUUGACGCCACCACCUUCCUCCAGGGGGAAGAAGAAAAAGAAGAAAUCUACCCGGAAGAAGAGAAGGAGGUCCCCAUCAUAUAGUCCAUCGCCUGUCAAGAAAAAGAAGAAGAAAGGCUCCAAAAAGCAUAAGCGACACAGGUCAUUCUCCAAGAAGAGAAGGCACAGCUCCUCAAGCCCAAAAAGCAAAAGGAGAGAUGAGAAGAGGCACAAAAAACAAUCACGAAGCCGGCCCCGAAAAUCUCACCGCCACCGUCAUCACCAUUAUCCCUCGAGGUCCCAGAGCUCGGAGUCCCGCUCCUCAAGCUGUGAGAGCAGGCACCGCGGCAGGUCCCCCGAGGAAGGGCGGAAGUCCCGCCGAAGGCACUCCCACCGCUGCUCCAGGACCCUCGGCAAGGCCAGCCCGGAGGCCCGCUCCAGCCACCCGCCCAGCCAGCCCCUCCAGAUGCUCAGCCUCCUGUCGGCCAGGGGUGUAAUCACUGGGUCGGGGUCUGCAGCUGACCUCUUUACCAAAACAGCCAGCCCGCUCACCACCUCCCGAGGACGCUCCCAGGAGUAUGACUCAGGCAAUGACACCUCUUCACCACCCUCCACGCAAAUCAGCUCAGCCAGGUCGCGGGGUCAAGAGAAGGGGAGCCCCAGUGGGGGCCUAAACAAAAGCCGGGAGCUCAACUGUGGCAACACAUCGGAUUCAGGGAACUCCUUCACCACCUCCUCACCCCAGAACAAGGGGGCCACUUUGGAGAAUCUCUCCCCUACCAGCAGGGGCAGAGAGUCAAGAGGAUUUCAGUCGCCAUGCCUGGAAUGUGCAGAGGUGAAGAAGUCUGGUUUGGUCCCAUCCACAGCCCGGAGCUCCCCUAUGAGAGGUUGCUCCCGCAGCCCUUCUUAUGCCAGCACCCGCUCUUCCAGCCACUCCUCCCGAUCCCCAAACCCCAGAGUCUCCCCCAGGUACACCCGAAGCCGAUCCACCUCCUCUGGAAAAAGGUCCUACUCGCGCUCUUCCAGCUACUCCUCCAAGUCUGGCAAGAGGAGCCCGCCGAGCAGAAGCUCGCGAUCGCGCCGCAGCCCCAGCUACUCGCGGUACAGCCCCGGCAGGGAGCGGGACCCCAAGUACAAUGAGAAGGACUCGCAGCAGCGGGAGCGCGAGCGAGCACGUCGGAGACGGCGGUCCUACUCGCCCAUGCGCAAGCGCCGGAGAGACUCCCCGAGCCACCUGGAGGCGCGGAGGAUAACCAGUGCCCGGAAACGCCCCAUCCCCUACUACCGGCCCAGCCCCUCAUCAUCCAGCAGCCUCAGCAGCACCUCCUCCUGGUACAGCAGCAGCAGCAGCCGCUCUGCCAGCCGCAGCUACACCCGGAGCCGCAGCCGGAGCCGCAGCCGCAGCCGCAGCCGCAGCCGGAGCCGCAGCCGCAGCCGCAGCCGGAGCAGGACCCGCGCUAGCAGCAGCUCCGGCUCCCGCAGCCCCAGCCUGGGCUCCCGGAGCCGGAGCCGGAGCUACAGCUCCGCAGACAGCUACUCCAGCACGAGGCGCUAAACACGGGCCCUCCUUGAGCCAGCUGCCUGCAGGGGGCCCCUUUCACUCUGCCAGCCUCCCCCACCCCUCCCUGCCCACCCUGCCUUCUCCUCGGUGACAGACAUUGAGGGCUCCUGGACCCUGUCUUUCCUGCUCUCCUGGGGAGGAGGAGGAGGGUACCGGGGGCCUUCAGCCUCUAUGUCAAGCUGCUAGGAGCCUCCACCAGCACCACCCUGGGGCUCAGUUCAGGCCUGGGCAUAUGGAGAGAACCACCCUCUGUUGGCACAAAAAAAACACAGGGUUUUGUAAGAAGCAAUGGGUCCGUGACUCAAACGUUUGAGCCUGGCCGGGAAAACAAAGUUCCGCCAACCUACUGCUCACAGGGUGCACGAGGAAGGCUAGCAGUGCUUCAUCCCCCUGCCCUCAUCCUCACCUGUCUCACCACGCGAGUGUGUGGACCCUCGUAGGAUGGGAGCAGAGGAGAGGAAACCAGGUGCAGUCAGGCCCAGGGGCGCGUGUCAGGCCUUCCACCUCCCCAAACAGGCUGGAACAAAGGCCAGAAGGCUGAGUGGGGAGAGAAGGGGACCUAACCUGAGUAGGGAGCACGGAUAUUUCGAUUGGUACAAAGUGUCAGGAGCUAGGAAAUGGGUUCUCUGGUUGUGAGUACAGACAUGAAAGGGCAGGGGGUCAUUCUGCUGCCCCCUCCCCCAUUAUCUUGGUGGGGUCAGGAAAAGCAGUCCAGUAGGUUCUAGCAGUGGAAAGGCCACCUCAUGGCUUAGACAGCCCUUUGGCUGUUCACAGGGCCUCUGAACCUCACUGAGAAAGGACACAGUGGACAGUCAGGACAGCUUGGUCCACAGCCCCAGAUCCUAAAUUUGCCUCAGCCCCCACUAGCUGGCACUGACUUAAUUCCACGAGACCAUCUGCUGAACAUUCCCCAGUGCCAUGGCCCGCUGCCAGUCCCCAGCGCCGGCCAGUCUGGCCCUACCCUCGGGUUGGUGCCUGCCUGUGCCCUCCCCCACUUCCCAGACUGCCACACCCUGGAGCCCACCCCGUGCAGCCGAGCAUCUACUCACCCACCCUCGGCCUCAGCCACCCCCUUUGCCUCUCAGGAAUUUUGCCAGGACGGGGCACAGCAGCUCAGGUUUGGGGGGAAAGACCCAAAUCCCGAGAGUGUGAGGGGACAGGGCCUUGGAUCUUCCAUAGCUUGGGAUUCUGCUGGCUUCUGAGGCUUCCUGUGAGCUCAAGCCUGCCCUUCAUUUCGGCCCUCACCCUGUCUUCCCCCUGCCCAGGGCUGGGCAGCAUGGGUAAGCUGAUCUCCAACACGCAAAUACCACCAGUUGCUUCAUCUACAGCAGGCACCGCAAACAGGGGUGUGAGGGGGAAGAUCCUUAAAAUAAACUCUUGGGCAUCCCCCUCACCAGCUGACCGGCUUUCCGGAGCCUUGUGGGUGAGUUUCAAGUUUGCAGUGGCAACUGCGGCAGGACAGGGCCUGGAGGGAGACAGUGAGGGGGCACGGCUUCUGGCUCUGGAUACUGGGGCCAGCAAUGGGGAGCCAAACACUCUUUAUCCUUCACACCCCAGGGAAAACAUUUGAAAAAAAAAAUCCUUUUUUCUUGAAAAAGGUGACCGUCUCCCCCAGCCCCCAAUCCUUCCCAUUACAUCAGCCCAUGGGACCAGAAACUGCCCCCCAACCACCCACAGGAGCGAGGUGCCCCAGACAUCACUGGACAAGCUGGCCUUCCCAUGAUGCCCUCUGGCUCAGCCUGGGCCCCACCCACCCAGACUGAUGGAUGCCAAUGCUGUCACCACAGAAGGCCGGAUGGCAGGUGCCUGGGACAGGGGCAGGUGCCCUGGGAGGGCAUGUACAGCAACUGUAAAUAACCCUCUUCCCUGCCCAGGAACCCAAACUGGGAUCCAGUCUCCCAUCAUGGAGACCAAGGCUCUCCGAGCCACGGAACCUCUUUAGCAGGACAGCAGUGAGAGAGGCCCCAGAGCCUCCCAUCAGACUGCCUUCAGACAACUCUAGGGGACCAUUUUGCCUGGGGCUCCUAGCAAACCUAUUAUUUAUUUUAUUUAUUUAUGUUUAUUUAUUUAUUUAUGUGAUGUCUGUCUGUCUGUCUCUCUCUCUCUCGGUUGCCAUUAGCAGUAUUCAACUAUUUAUUUAUUUAUAUGGAAAGGUGUGUGUGUGUGUGUGUGUGUGUGUGUGUGUGUGUUUGGGGAGGGGGGCUUCUAUUUUUGUGCAUCUUUUUUCCCUCGCAUCUUUGUGGAUGAAAUCUGAGAGGUGGGAUGUGAGUAGGGAUGUUGGCUUUGUCCCUUCAGGUGACACCCACAAGCUCUAAGUCCAAACAUCCUGGAGUUGGCCUGAGGGGGUGGGGGAGUGUUUCAGACCCAAGGUUCCUUAUGUCGGUGAGCUUCAGGCUUGUGCCCCAGCUCCCUGCCCACCAGCUGCCUCACUGAGGUAUUGGAAGGAUGAACAACAGCCACGAGGCUUGUGAGCUAAGGCCCUGAAAUGAUAUAGUGGAGUCACAGCUCACGUGGGGAUUGAGUCUAAAGUUAGCAUAACCUAACUAAGGCACAACUUGCAGAGUCAGGAAUUGUGGGGUGAGCACUUUAGGGAGACACCUGCUGGGAGACAGCUAUACUGUCCUUUGGCUCACCAAGGAGGCGUUGUUCAGUAUUUACUGAUGUAGCUGUCUUGAGCUUGGGGGGCCACAGUGGUUGAAGUGACAUCUGGCUUAGCGCUGGGAUCAAACUUGGAGUUGACAUGGAGAGAAUAUGGCAAGAAUGGAGCUGACUGAGGGGAGAGGAGAUGCACCUGUGGUCUCACCCUUACUCCAGGGCGGCAGGUAGUGGGCAGGAUCACUCGCUAGCUUUUCUGAGCAUGCCUGGUGGGUUUUGUGUAAAUUACAAAUACUUCCACCUCCACUGAAGCUAAUUUCUCCCCAUCCCCUGAGGUUUUUCCAGGCUGCUCUCUUCCUUCUGCCCAUGGACACACACCGCUUCUGGAAGCAGGGUCCACCCUCCUAAGAGAGAUACACAGACCCAGAGCUAAAGCCUUUUACUGUGAUCUCUUGCUUUCCAUCAGACGAGAGCACAAUGCUAUUUCCAGAAAUUAGGGACGGGCGGGGCGGGGGUGGGGAGACAAGAUGAAAGGAGCAGCCAAAGGUCCCCGCAAGAAGGUCAUCUCGGAUCCCAUGGAGCCAGGAUCUAGAGGCCUUUACCAGUCCUGCCUCUCUGACUGGCACUGUCUACUUGCUGCUUCCCAGAGAGGGCCCUACUCUUUCCAAAGUCACCAUUCAACUGCCUUGAAAUUGCUGGCUCCUGUGGUCCAGCUUUGAGUUUAGUGAGACUUUUGCAAUAUCCCUGGUUGUUUCCCUGGCAAUGUGACUAUCCAGCUCUAACUCCCAGCCAGGGGAAAGUUUGCAAGAGGCUGCUUAAAUGCCUCCUGGUGUGGGGGUGGGGAUCUCUGUCCCCCCACCUCCUGCCAAAUAGCCUUCUCUAAUUUCCCUUACAUUUCCUUUCUUAUGCAUCCAAAUAUAAAUGCUUUUUGGGGCGCUGGUAACCUUGUUGUGGCCCAAUUCCUGGCAUCACUGUUCCUCUGCCUACUUCGCCCACAUUACCUUCUGUUUCCAGGGAGUGAGACAAAUCACCUGCAACCCGCACGUGGCAUGUGCUUAUUUUACAAGCCAGCAUUGGGGGAUGUGGCUUGAGGCCCAGUAAACAUGCAGCCCAAGACCUGCUGCCUGCCUAGAUGAAUGACCCUGGACAGAUUGCUCCCCUUUUCCGGGCCAAAGAUUACAAUCCCUUUGAGAAGUGGGGGAGUUUCUGAGAUAGAAUCCAGAAUGUUGACCUGAGGCCUAGAAAACUGUCUAAAGACAGAAUGAGUUCACCAGGAUUGAAAAAGAAAAAGAACCUAAAUAUUUUUCGGAGGUUCUCAGUCAUUAGAGUAAAACUUGAAAACAAUAUGUGAACUCCCUUCGGUUAAAUUAAGAAACGCUAACUCCCUCAAAACCCUCAUCCAGGAACAUUCUAGUUCCUCAAGAUUCCACUGCAUUCCUAGCUCUGUUUCUUCCCUUCCUUGAAGGAAAGGCAAUCUUUCAGAAGCAAAACACAAUUAAGAUGCUUGCGAGACACAAGGGUCUCUGUCUCAGAGAGUCCCUAUCAUGCAUUAGCUCAGAAGCAUCCUUUUUGCCAAAGGCUUUGCUUGAAGAUGGCUGACAUUUGGGUGUUCCCGAAGGUUCUCAAGCACUUUUUUUUUAAGUCCCACUCCCAUCAUUUCUUCCAUUGUAUUCUUUUCCACAAAUAUUCAAAAUAAUCUCACAAGCGUGUGUCUUGCCUUGCUUGCUCUCCAGCUAAAUAGAAGAGUGUGAUUAAAAAACAAACCAGAAUUCCUCAAAACGCUCCCUCCUCCAUUAGCCAGCUGCAUCCAGCUAAGGAGCUUAUGCUGGAUCCAGUAUCAUCCCGCAAUGCUUUACUGCAGCCUCUUCCUCCUCACUUCUGCACCAAUGAGCGAGUGAUACGAAUAGACUUGGCAUCUCCCCUCUGUCUGUGGCUGUUGUUUUGGUUGUUUUUUUUUUUUUUUAAUUUAUUGAGGAGUUUUUUGGGGGGAUGAUUGUUUUGCAUUGUAAAUAUCAUGAUGGGGGCCCCUCAUCAGAACCUGGCUUAUUUAAUAAUUUAUUCCCUAUUUAUUGAGUGAUAUCGGGAGAGGAGAGGGACCACCUCUUCCCCUGAAUUGCUAUUGGAAAUCGGUCCAUCUCUCAGCUCUGGGUGCGGCUGUCUGCAGCAGGGGCAUUUUCACUCAGGUAAUGAGUGCUAGAAUCACCCAGCAAAUUGGAAUUGGCAGAAACGGAGUCUUCGGUCAUACAAAUUAAGCUCAAAUGGAACUAAAACACUGGUUAUCUCCGGGAAAAACCUCAUUUUGAUGGAAAUUAAUCGAGGAAUAAAAUGCCUGUGCACGAACCAACUUCUAUUAAAAAGUCACAACUCUUUGAAAAAAAGAGAGAGAGAGAGAGAGAGAGACCAAAUUGUAAUUCCUUUUCUCUGGCCAAGAAAAGAUAUGCCUCAUCUAACAAGUUGAGCCAAAGAGACUGGAACAACAUUCUUUUGUGAUUCUCUGGCCUGUGUGUGUCUGUCUGGAUGAAAGGGAGGUGGGUGUCAGGCCUCAGUGUUAUCAUCUGUAAAAUGGGAUUUGGCCUAAGCAUUCUUGGCACGGUGGAGGGUGGGGUUUCCAACUCCGAUGCUGUGAGCUCCGAACCGUCAGAUAUUCAGUCCCUUGUGUCUUCUGCCAACUGUAGGUUGAAGGAUGUCUCCCAAGGAAGGGACAUAAAAACCCAGGGCAUGGACCUCAGUUGCAAGGUGAGGUUGUAGUAGCUGAGUCCUGCAGUCAAAAAUGGGAGGCCUCCGGGUGCUGCCACCUGAUACAACUCUUGUAGCCCAGGUCAAAGAAGCCCCCUCUAUUAGCCUGACCUUCUCUCCAAGCCCAGCCAUCCAGAGUGAUCAAAGGAGAGACCAAGAAGACUUCAUUGUUCUCUGGAGUUCACCGCUGUUUAUUGUGUCAGGGCUGUAUUUUGUACAGUUGUUUGAACAAGCUAGUGACAUAGGUCACGGUGCCAUUUUGCAGAUGAGAAAACUGAGGCCUGGGAAGGGGGAACUGGUAUGCCUGAACUCCCUUGAGCUCAGACCCACCUGGCUCCAUGCCCCCCUCGCUUGGUAGCUCUUUCAUGCCAGGUCCCUGUUGUGAGGACUUUGGGCAGAUUCUUUUCUCUCCCAAUUCUUGGCUGCUCCCUCAAGCAGUCAUAGGCCAAGGACCUCACAGAAUCCACCAUAUCAGCCCAGCAGACUUGGUGCACCCCAAGGCCAUUUCUCCACACCGGGGGCUGGAAUUCCCAUCUGGAAAACCCCAAGCUAGGGGACCCACCACCAGCCCAGCUCAGCCUGAGCAGCCAGCCUCUUCCUGGAACAUCCACAUCGGAGGGGGAGAAGCUCCUGUGUCCUCCAGCAUCCUGGGACCCUGUCCUCUACCCUGUGACACAGCGGCCGUGGCUUGUUUGAUUUCUGGUGUCCACAGCUAAGCAUAACCUUCCCGGGGUUUCCGAUUUUUCAGCCUGUACAAAACAUGUCUCUGUUCUAAUAAAAGGUUCCAUGGUAUGGUGUUCUCA